UUAAUUAUGUAUCAGAAACUUCUGACGAUAUGGAAGAAGAGCCUGUUCGUAGAAGUAUGAAUGGAAAAUAUAAGAAAUACAACAGCUUGUCUAUAGAUCUCGCGCCUUCAGAGUCCAGUAUGUAUAUUAAAGAGAUUACAACAGCGGCGAAGGAAACUCCGGUUAUGGGCAUUCGCAGGAAAAUGCUCGAUAAAAACAGUGAAUACGAAAACAAGAAGCCCAUCGAGCAAUUACUAAAUGCGGUCAGCCAACACAUUACUAUGAAAUCCGCAAUUACAAAUGAAAUAAAGACGCCAUCUAGUAUUGGAACAACAACAACAACAACAACAACAGAAGAACCAACAUCGACAACUCUCAGCAACCGUCAAAUACGCAGAAUCUAUAACCCCGAUGAAACCGCUUCUAUAGAAGACUAUCCAUUCAUGGCUGUUCUGUUGAUGAACGGAAAGCUAUGGUGUGGUGGUGCGAUUAUAGAGGAAGACACUGUGAUGACCGCAGCACAUUGUAUGCAAUUGCAGUACAACAACCGAUUCUUCCGUGAAUACGUCAAAAUGCUGACCGUCAGGGUCGGCUCCAACAACGCGACCGCCGGUGGUCGAGUCUACCGUGUCACUGAUAUCUUCUUCCAUCCAAACUACAAGCCAAAUACGUUAGAAUUCAACGUAGCUGUUGUCAAACUACAUAAGAAUAUAACAAUUAAAAGCGAAAGGAAUGUGGAUGUUAUUGGACAUUCCCGCGAAAAACUCAUACCAACAGAUACAGAGGUUACUUUCCUAGGAUGGGGUUCAGUUUGGGGUCACGGUAGUAUUGAAGAACAAGUUUUGCUGCAAAAGGUAGUUUUGCCUGUCUACGAUUUCUCUGAUUGCCAGGACGUUUAUGGAAAAGAUUUAGUAACACGGACUAACUUUUGUGCCGGAUAUAUAACAAUACGAAAAAACGUUUGCAAUCACGACGCGGGAGGUCCAGCUAUAAUGGAUGGUGUGCUAGUCGGCAUACUGUCUUUCUCUGCUAAGAGAUGUGAUAAGCCAGACAAACCUGCGGUAUUUACUUCUGUCGGUGCUGUUGCCGAUUGGCUGACAAAUGUCGACGCUAGGAAGAAAACAAGAUAUUUAGAAUCAAAAUAUCCAGAGAAAAUUUGACCGAAAACACCAAUGAAACGAAUUGUUACAAUCAAUAAUAUAUUUCUUCUAAUAAAGUACACCAACUUUCUACUCGAUAAAGACGAAGAUAAAAAAAAAACUUUCAAAAUCUUCGUAGUUAAACAUUCAUUUAUUUCUAUUAAACAUACAACAUGGAAUAAUAAUAUAAGUUAAAAUAUGCGUUCAUAGCGGACCGAUGUUGAAGUUUCUUUUCUGGAAUGAUAUCGAGCUGAUUUCUGAGUAAACAUUAUUAAUAUUAAGUAAUAAUUAAUUUAAUAAGGGGAAAAAAUAAGCAAACUCGUUCCGUAUAUCGAGUAUGGCGGCCAUUUGCAUUUCCCGCGCCGCGCGCUGUCACUUUGACGUUUACGCGCUCUAACAUUGUGCCAAAUGCCUACAGAUUAAAAACAGUG